AUGCGAGCCGCUCGACGUCUGUGGGCUGACCUUAUCAAGGAACGCUUCAGUCCAAAGAGCAGCAAAUCGCUUAUGCUCCGCACUCACUCGCAAACCAGCGGAUGGUCUCUGACUGAACAGGAUCCAUACAAUAACAUUAUUCGAACCACUAUCGAAGCCAUGGCGUCAGUGUUUGGUGGAACUCAAUCGCUGCACACCAACUCCUUCGACGAGGCCCUCGGUCUGCCCACGAAAUUCUCGGCUCGAAUUGCUCGAAACACACAGAUCAUCAUCCAAGAAGAGAGCGGUAUUUGCAAGGUCGCGGAUCCUUGGGGAGGUUCGUACAUGAUGGAGUCGCUGACAGAUGAAAUCUAUGAUAAGGCGCGAAAGGUAUCUUUUUUCUGUUCUAUUUCACUU